AUGCCUCCUGUUGCCCCAAGCAAACAAUAUGAUUACUUGGUUAUUGGUGGAGGAAGUGGUGGUUUGGCUUCGGCCAGGCGCGCUGGCUCUUAUGGUUUUAAGGUUGGUUUGGUAGAGUCAACUGGGCGUUUGGGUGGAACUUGUGUGAACGUCGGCUGUGUUCCAAAGAAGUAUACACCUUUAAAUGGUCAAUUAGCUUCACAAUUCAUAAAUAAUUUGCAAUAUGGAUUUGAUUUGCCAUCAAUCCCAAAUUUCAAUUGGAAUUACCUCAAACAAAAGCGAGACGCGUAUAUAAAACGUCUUAAUGGGAUUUAUUCUAAUAAUCUAGCGAAGGACAAAGUUGAUUACAUUGAAGGGAAAGCUAGUUUCGUAAGCAAAAACGUUUUGAGAGUGGAACAUAAUGGAAGCGUUGAAGAGAUUGAAGCAAAGAAAAUAUUAAUUGCUACAGGUGGUCAUCCGCGUAUUCCUCAUGAGAUACCUGGUGCGGAACUUGGUAUUACAAGUGAUGGUUUCUUCGAUCUUGAAGAACAGCCGAAAAAGGUCAUGGUUGUUGGAACCGGGUAUAUAGGCGUCGAAUUGGCCGGUAUCUUUAAUGCCUUAGGCAGUAAUGCUACGUUGGUCUCUCGUUCGGAUGAGAUUUUACGUACUUUUGAUCCAAGAGACCGAUUUGGUAUCUGUUUACACCCG